CUGGCACUAGUUACCCGCAGGUGGCGGGUUACCAGGUCCCUAGAGGGCGAGCGACCAGAAGGCGGAGCAGGAAAGGCCGGCCUAACCUCUAGUGACCCUCUGACUGUGCCCUUCCCCAGCGAUGGGCGUGCAGCCCCCCAACUUUUCCUGGGUGCUCCCGGGCCGGCUGGCGGGGCUGGCGCUGCCUCGGCUCCCCGCCCACUACCAGUUCCUGUUGGACUUGGGCGUGCGGCACCUGGUGUCCCUGACAGAGCGCGGGCCCCCCCACAGCGACAGCUGUCCAGACCUCACGCUGCACCGAUUGCGCAUCCCAGACUUCUGCCCGCCGGCCCCCGACCAAAUCGACCGCUUCGUGCAGAUCGUGGAUGAGGCCAACGCCCGGGGAGAGGCUGUGGCAGUGCACUGUGCCCUGGGAUUUGGGCGCACUGGCACCAUGCUGGCCUGUUACCUGGUGAAGGAGCGUGGCUUGGCUGCAGGAGAUGCCAUCGCUGAAGUCCGGCGCCUGCGACCUGGCUCCAUCGAGACCUAUGAGCAGGAGAAAGCUGUCUUCCAGUUCUACCAGAGAACUAAAUAAGGGGUCUCAGCACUCUUCUGCCAGGCCCUUUUCUCCUGCCUUGUGUGGAAAAUGGAGCCAGAGACAAAGGGAAGUGGACUAUGUCUUGAGCCCUCUGGCUCCCUCUGGCUCCCACUGAAGUCUGCCUUCCCUGAAGGCAGGUCCAGAUUGACAGGAUGGCAGGAGCCCCAUUGAAAUGGGAAGAAGUGUGCUGCUUCCUUGAAUAAAUAACUUAUCAGAACCAACUCAUACUGCACAGCACUUUACAAAGCGCUUUCACACAUCAACUUAUUUGAACUUCAUGCUGGCCUUGCAGUGAAAGAAAGGCAAAGACCUCCCCUUUUCUUUGGAAGAGGUAGCUAAGGCUCAGGCCCAAGGUCACACUGCUAGAGAGCAGGAGGAUGGGCCACGACUGCAAGACACAUCUUCAACCCGUAAAUGUGCUGAAAUUCUAUAUAUCCAUUCCCUGAGGAUAUUGGCUAUGGUUUCCAGGGAACUGGUCAAUAAAAGGAUGCAAAUUUCUGGCAGCCCAGCUUCCCAGUAUCCCCAGGUCUCUAAACACUCCCAGCCAGAAGGGCCCCUGUUGAUGUACCCCUUCAGUCUAAGCCGACCUGCUCCAUAUGUCACCUUUGCCCUCUCAGGACAAAGUAGGCUUAGAUGUCCUGCUUAUAGAUGGCCACCAUCUCCAUCUCCCCAGGAAUGGGCACUUUCUGCCAGCCUCAGGUGCCGCUCAGCUCAUAUAGGACUUCCAGCCCAUCUGGCUGCCCCCAACCUCAAGUCACAGUAUGCUGGAACCAGCCAGUUUGGGUGAAUAUGCAGAGUGGAUAUUUGAUAAAUAAAGAGCGCUGGGGCUAUGAACCUUGGCCAUGUUUCUCAGAUGUUAUCUUCAUUUCUCCUCUUUUGGACUCCAUCCUGACACCAGUGCCACACUUGACUUCUGAGAGAUAGGAUAAGUAGCAUACAUUAACCAAAUGGACCCUUUUUGCUAUUUUAUCUGCUUGAACCCCGAUUCUCUCUUCUGCUGUGGCAAACUGGGCUAAAUAAGGUAAAAUUCAUCAUGAAAUACGUAUGGAGUACCUGCAUGUACCAGAUUCUUUUAGAUGUGGAUGUUCCCCAGCAGAAUGAGACAUGACUUGCUCGCAGGAGCUCUGAGCUCCUAAGAAGAUGGGCACAGAUAGAGCCCAAUCAAAGCAAUUUCUAGAUACUAGAAACAAUGCCUAUCAUUCUAGGUCUGUGAGACAUAGGGGAGAGAGAAGUCAAGGUCCUGGUGCCCCAUAGACCCCAUUCCUUAUAGCCUAGACUAGAGCAGGCUAAGACAACCUCUCCUCACUACUUCUUUCUCCUUCCAGCUACCACCUACCCAACUCAAAUGUUAUCCAAUACACCCAUACACAAAAGGUAUAUCAGCUGAAAUCUCACAAGAGAAAAGCUGUAAGAUGCCGUGCCCACAAUUUUCUUCUGUGAUAUAUCCGAGGGUUUAAUUCCUGCACUUUAUUUUCUUAGUCUCCACCUUGCCUACCCAGGUGAAGAUACCCACCCAAAGAGAAGUAACCCACAACCCCAUGCAUUCAGUGUGUAACAGAGGAAGGAGAAACAAUACAGAGGGGACACACUGACUCCCCUCUCCUGCCCCAACAGCAUGCUGCAUCCUGAGUCUUGAAGCAAACAAAAGCCUCCUCCAAAGGA